GCAGAGGUACUCGAGGAGUCGCAGCGGCACGGCGACCUGUUGGUGGAGGACUUCACGGACACGUACCACAACCUGACGCUCAAGACGCUGUUCCUGCUCAAGUGGGCGGUGCGCGAGUGCCCGCCGGCGGCGUUCGUGCCAAAGACGGACGAACGACAUGCUCAUCAACCACGCGCGGCUGUGGCGCGCGGCUGCCGCGCUGGGUACCUUCCGCGCUCGAUGUUCCCUGAGAAACUCUUCCCCGACUACGUGUCCGGGGUCGCGUAUGUACUGACCGGCGCCUCGCUGGGGCUCCUCUUCCGAGAGGCCAUGGACACGCCCCUGCUGCCGCUCGAGGACGUCUUCCUCACGGGCGUCGUGGCCGCUCGUCUGGACGUGCCCAGGGUGAAUAUAUCUCGCUUCUGGCCUCACAAGAUCGCGCUGAAACCAUCAGAGAUGCCGGACCAUCCUUGCGUGUACCAUCACAUGUUGGCCAUGCACCACUUUUCAGCGGAGAAACUUCGGCAGCUGUGGAAAUCGAUGUUGCGACUGCAGCCCGCUCUAGAGUGCGACACGUUCCUCAUGCACAUUCUGGGGCACCUCUUCACUCCUGGCUCCUACCAAGUACGUCUUACCAACUAUUAUUUCGACCAAACACGUUGA